UAUAACAUGCAAAUUUUAACUAGAAGUAAUAAAAAGGAGAUUAAAGAAAAUAAAUAAUGAAGACUAAUAGUAAUUGUGUUUUCAUGGCAUCUCUUCUAGUGAUCACCACAUUGGUAUUGUUUGCUUAUCCAAGUUUGGCUUCAAAACUUGAAGAUAACGAGGAACCGUUGAUAGAUCCCAAUGUUGAUUUAGAUCCGUUUGCGAGGUCCCCGACUACGGAUGAAAUCAAUAGAGACAUGACUCGUAAACUGCCAAAAGAUGUUUUAGAGUAUGCCCUGUUUUGCGGUCAAUUGAUGGGAGAAUCUAGAUGCAACGAUGAAGUCCUGGGUGAGAUUCUUCAAGAUAAACCAGCUUCGAGGUAUUGUUGCAUGAAAAUGAUGAUCUACGGCGAAGAAUGUCACAUAGCUUUUAGGGAAUUUAUGUUUAAGGUUUAUAAGUUCAAACAAUUUGCUUCUAAAGCCCGUCCUCGGAUUCGUCAAGUCUGGAACAGAUGUUAUGCUGAAGUUGGAGGUUUAUUUUAACCAUUUUCUCAAUCCCUUCAUUGUAUCCAUCCAACUAAUAUAUAUGUAA